GUGCAGCGGCUCGCACUUCUCUGAGACACUCAGCGUCUCCGACCGGCUGACCCUGAAAACGUCUUGUAAGUGACCCAAACUGCGCUCUUCAUCACUGUGUGCGGAGGUUUUAGACCCGAACGGCGCGAGAGCGACAGUGUGAAACAACGACGGCAGCACUUGAACACGACUGAUGUUCCAAGAGUGUGCCAGUAAGCAGCCGUGGAGAAGCUGUGGAGGUUUGGUUCAAAGGAGUGUUCGGUUUUAUCUCGUCCGUCCAUAGCCCCUACUGGUGUACUAUCACGUUGGAGCAUAUGUUAAAGCACCAGCAGCACAACGUGUGGGUGAUAAAGACGGCUCAGAACAAAGAGAAACUGCCUAUGAAACUCUACAUUCAGUAGGAGUGGGAGCAAGGCCUGCUGCAGCAUACACACACAUUCUGCCUUGGCUGGACGGACCACAAAGUGUUCUUAGAGAAGCAGAGCAGGAUGCUGGGAUGUGAUGGUGGAUCUGGGAUGAGAGUCCGGUAUAAAUUGACUCUGGUUACAGGCCUGCUGGAGUGCCUGUGUUUUGCCGGGGUUGUGUUUGGAUGGGCUUCACUUGUGUUCGUCCUCAAGACAGAUGGAUACUUCAGUGAUCUGUGUGUGACUGUAACUGAAGGCAAUGGCACAGAAAUUACAGACUGCAGCGCUCAGGAUGAGCAGUUCUCCCUCAUCUUCACUGUUGCUUCCUUCAUGAACAACUUUCUCACUCUUCCCAAUGGCUUCCUCUUUGACCACUUUGGAACAAUGGCUACAAGAUUCCUAGGAAUAUUCCUCUAUACCACAGGAACAUUGCUUGUGGCAUUGUCUAGUAAAGCACUCUCCCUGUUGUUCUUCCCAGCUCUUUCUUGCAUUGCUGUAGGAGGCAUUUUGUUCCUUCUUACAAACAUACAGGUGGGGAACCUGUUUGACACACAUCGAUCUACUAUCAUCACUCUCUACAAUGGGGCCUUUGACUCAUCGUCUACCGUUUUCCUCAUCAUCAAAGUGUUAUAUGAGAAAGGCAUCUCUCUUCGCUCCUCUUUCCUCUUCCUCUCUGCUUUUGAUGUCAUCCACCUACUGCGGACCCUCUUCCUCAUGCCCAAAUCUUACAUCCCCUAUCCAGUCCCAGAAAACUACAGAUAUGGGGUGAGCUGUGGUAAAUCAAACAGCUACAGUGUGGAAGAAAAUGAAGCAAAGCAAGAGCUGAAAAACAUGUCAGACAAACCUGAGCAAGAUGGAGAAAGUGAACCACUGAAGAGUGAUGACCCAGAGCCAACAGAGAAAGACAGCAGCUUUAGGAGCUGUGUUAUCUCCUGGUUCUUUCUGUGGCAUCUGAUAUGGCUUUCAGUCAUGCAACUGCGUCAUUAUCUUUUCAUCGGAACAUUGAAUCCUAUGUUGAACCGGCUGGCAAAACAAGAUCCAGUCACUGUUAGCCAGUACACCAAUGCAUUUGCCUUCACCCAGUUGAGUGGGAUUCUCUGUGCCCCCUGGAAUGGGCUGCUAAUGGACAGACACAAGGGGAAGGCCUUGAAGCCAGGAGAGACGGAGAAAGAAGCAGACUUGCGCUCUUCCAUCCUAUCCCUCUUUCUUACCUCUCUUCAGUGUCUUCUUUUCUCUAUCUGUGCAACAAUUCCUUUCCUCCCUCUCCAGUACAUCACAUUUGUCCUGCAGGUCCUCAACCGCUCUUUUCUGUACGGAGGGAAUGCGGCUUUCAUCAGCAUUGCGUUCCCGGCUCAACACUUUGGAAAGCUGUAUGGUCUAGUGAUGUCCCUCUCGGCAGUUGUAUCAUUGCUGCAGUAUCCGUGCUUAGCCCUGGUAAAAGUUCUCGGAGGGGAUCCCUUCUACGUGAACGUUAGUUUGACCAUCCUGACUUUGCUGGCCUUCGUCCAUCCUCUCAACAUCUUUCUCCACUGCAGAAGACUGGCCAGUCAGAGAGAGAGCACACAGAGCGUCUGCGCUGGUUCUUCAAACAGAGAAGCCUCCCUGUAGUGCUGUGCCGUGUCAUUGUCAAGAAAGUAAACAACAUAAUACUUUUUAAAUAGCUAUUUGAGUGGAAUGUAUGGGAAGUAUUUUUGUUAGAAAGACUGAAAUGUGUUACACGUGUGAGCCUAUAACAUUGACAUAAUGCAGUUUUAUACAGUUUUGAUAUGCAGUAUUUGUAUUAAAAUUCCACAGCUGAAACAA